AUGGGGGUUCCACGAACGGUCAGAAAUGGCCGGCUCGCCUCUUUAAAUCAAUCAUCCAAACUUCUCAAGCCACAACCGCCAGGUUCGUUUGAACUUCAGCCAUCUGAAUCUCCACCGCCAAUCCCUGUCGACAAGCAGAAAAAGGUCACACCGCUUGAUCCAAAUAUGUCCAAUCCUCGUCUUCUUGUCAAUCGCGCUUGUAUCUAUGAGCGCCGACUACCUGGUGAUGCAUAUAUCACCGCACACGUCGCCAGGCUUCAGCAUGGCUUCUAUGCCAGUGAAGCUGUAUCUGACAAAGACGCAGAUCAUGUUGACUUCCUUGCGAUCAGCUUCGUCUUUCAUACUUCUCACACGCUCGAACAUCGAUUCAAGUCUGCAACCAUCAAAGCCACUAUACGUGGUAGCCAUGAGAUGCCCACAUCUGCUCAGUAUCCCCGUGGCCAUCCUCCCGGCAACCCUCGCUUCCUCAUGCAUGCACCGCAUUUAAUCUUCGGCCACGUUUCUCCAGAGACUAUGGAGUGGACCUUCAGUCUGGCUGGGUCCUUGGGUGUUUCAGAGACACCUGUCAGCGCCAGCGUGAUUCCCUCUGGUAGUACCAGCGCCCGGUACCGACGGUACGAGAUGAUGCGCAUCCAGGGCUCUGCUCGCACGCUCAAUAGCCCUCGCGGUUCUCAGUACGAUGUUGAGGCUGGUGAGAUCGUCUGGUCAUUAGAGGAGAACAACCUACAGCGCUCCGGGCUGCCGCGCGAGUUCACCUUCGUAAUGCUGGUUCAAAAGCCCACCACCAACAGUCAGCUCACGCUGACUCUUGAGGUUGAGCCAGUCAUCCAGGCUCUACUAGGCAGCUAUCCAAGCUGGCUUCUCACAUUUAGUCCGUACCAGCCGCUAUCACGACGCGGCGUCGACUUCAACUCCGAAGUCGGCCAGCGCUUUGAGCCGGUGGACGCUGCACGGGGAUUCAAUUUUGCUGCCCUGGAGAGCUCAUUUGAUGACUACAUCGCCAUGCCGGGGCGCAAGUUCUCUCGCCAGAUCGAAUUCCCGGUCGAGACUCCCCUCCCGGAAGAAAAUCCGAAUCAAGGCGGGAACUACAACCAGCCCUACCCGCUCUACGGAGCCCUGAACCCGGUGCAACAGCUACAUUUCAACGGCAUGGUUCUCCAAAACAACCUGCUGCAAGCACAGCUGAACCAAGUCUACUCCGCACAACACCAGCCCCAGCCCACCGUGCAAGCCAUCAAUACCCUCGACGUCCACCACAGCCUAGACAAUGCAACAGUCUCGCUCCUUGCAGGCGCGCGCUCAUCGCCGCCUCCACUCAUCAACCGUGUUGUCGUCGAGGGUAGUGAUGACCAGGCUUGCACGAGUAGUGCAACGGCUGUCAGUAGCGGAGAAGAUGCGCGGUUCAAAAGCUACGAGAACAUCCGCGCCUCUAUGCUGCGUACUGUUCACCCCGAAAUCCGGGCAGAGGGGUUCAAGGCUGUUUCGGUUGCUGAGCGGACGCAGCGGAGGGCGCGGAUGGAGAGGAGUAGCUCGCGGCAGCAGGUGAUGCGUUUGAAGAAUCAGCCGCUCUCGCCGGGGUUGAUUUCGCGGCUGGCUGAGCAGCGGGGUGUUGAGGAAGAAAGAGAUGGGGAUGUGGAUGCUGAGAGUAGGUGA